UCCCGUUUUCUGCCGGAUUGCUUGAAUGCAGCCUCCCUGCAGGCGUCCUCACUGAUCCCCCUAGCGGGGCUAAAGCCAAAGGUAAUGAGUGUGUAAACUAGCCUCCCAUUGUCUCCGAGGGAACCGGCACCUUUUUUUUGUGCUCUCAGUUGUCUGCGUACAACAGGAGGUAGGGAUUAAGGAUGCGGCCCCCGUGGAACAAAUGGCGAGGGCGAGUCGGCCUCCGCGGGCCGGAGGCGGGGCCGAGCGACAAGCCCACAAUUAAAGAUGAACUUUGAGUGAACUAAUUUAUCUGAGGGAGGAGAAGGUAACGACAGCCUAUAAAAGCGCCGGGCGAGCCGCCCGGGAGUCAUCGUGCGUGGCGGAACACAACUCUCCAGCUGCAACAUGGCCCUCAGCACGCUGCUGGCCACCUUCCUGUGCACCAUCGUGCUCCCCGUCCUCCUGUUCCUCGUGGCGCUCAAGCUGUGGGAGGUUUACAUGAUCCGAGGCAGAGAUCCCAGCUGCCCGAAGCCGCUGCCCCCCGGAUCCAUGGGCUUACCGUUCAUUGGAGAGACGCUGCAGCUCAUCCUGCAGAGGAGAAAGUUUUUGCGCAUGAAGCGGCAGAAGUACGGUUACAUCUACCGCACGCACCUCUUCGGCAGCCCCACGGUGCGCGUCACCGGAGCGGACAACGUCCGCCAGAUCCUGCUGGGGGAGAACCGGCUCGUGUCGGUGCAGUGGCCCGCGUCCGUGCGCACCAUCCUGGGCUCGGACACCCUGUCCAACGUGCACGGUGCCCAACACAAGACCAAGAAAAAGGCCAUCAUGCGGGCUUUCUCCACAGAGGCUCUGGAACUCUACAUCCCUGUCAUCCAGGAGGAAGUGCGAGCCGCGGUGAAGGAGUGGGUGGCCAAGGACUCCUGUGUUCUGGUUUACCCGGAGAUGAAGCGGCUGAUGUUUCGCAUCGCCAUGAGGAUCCUGCUUGGCUUCAAGCCGGAGCAGAUCAAGACCGACGAGCAGCAGCUGGUGGAGGCGUUUGAGGAAAUGAUCAAGAAUCUGUUCUCUCUGCCCAUUGACGUGCCCUUCAGCGGACUGUACAGGGGUCUGAAGGCGAGGAACUUCAUCCACUCCAAGAUAGAGGAGAACAUUAAGAAGAAAGUGCAGGAGUCGGACAAGGAGUCCCAACAUGGAGACGCUCUGCAGCAGCUCAUAGACAGCAGCAGGAAGAACGGGGAACCGUUCAGCAUGCAGGCCAUUAAGGAGUCUGCCACAGAGCUGUUGUUUGGCGGCCAUGAGACCACAGCCAGCACGGCCACCUCUCUGGUUAUGUUCCUGGGCCUGAACCCUGAAGUUGUGGAUAGACUGAGGCAGGAACUGAUGGACAGGGAGGAGCAGGGGAUGGAACUACACAGUCUCAAUAUUGAGGCCUUGCAGCAGUUGAAGUACACAGGUUGUGUCAUUAAAGAGACUUUGAGGAUCAACCCCCCAGUUCCUGGAGGCUUCAGAGUGGCCCUGAAGACCUUUGAGCUCAAUGGCUACCAAAUCCCCAAAGGCUGGAACGUCAUCUACAGCAUCUGUGACACCCAUGAUGUCGCAGAGAUCUUCCCCAACAAGGAGGACUUCCAGCCGGAGCGCUUCAUGACCAAACCUUCGUCCGACUCCUCCAGGUUCCAGUACAUCCCGUUCGGAGGGGGCUCCAGAAUGUGUGUCGGGAAAGAGUUUGCAAAGGUCCUGCUGAAGAUCUUCCUGGUGGAGGUGGUCACAAAGUGUCACUGGACUCUGCUAAAUGGGCCACCCGCCAUGAAGACGGGACCUACAGUCUAUCCUGUUGACAAUCUGCCAACCAAGUUCACCAGCUAUAUUUAGAGGUGAAACUGAGAAUACAAAAGGUUGUUGUACAUCAAUGGCUGCAUCAACUUACAUUUUUUGACUUUGCAUGAAUUGUAUAUAUUGUAGAUGACGUAUUUUACAGUUUAUUUUAUGAUAUUAAUACAUUGGAUUUGUAUACAUGUAUAUAUUAGUUUGUUUGAACAAACUAAACGAGAGGCACUAUACAGUCAUGGAACACUUUAAUCAGCUCAGAGGUGUAUCUAUAGGAUUAUGUACAUAUGUAAUGUAGAGUCUGUUUAUAUAACUUUUGUAUCUUAUCCAAACUUAUUUAAGUGAAUUAUGUUAUAUUGUAUGGCCUUUUUAUUUAAUAAAAAUUAUGUGGAAAAUCC